UUUCUCACCUCAGUAGACGCGUGCGCACGGUAACCUUGUCUCCUUAGCAACAAGAAAGCUAUGGCUGCUCCGUUACCGGUGUCUCGUCUUUUCGCGUCUCUGCAGCCAGGAGCUAUGACAAAUAUGGCAGCAGAGGAUGUAGAAAACAAGCCGGGUAUUGUGGUUAGGCAGAAAGGAGGUCGGGAAGUGCAAGUAACGGGCACAGCUGAACUAAGCGCUGCUCCGGACCGGGCCCGAGUGUGUAUAAGUCUAUCCAGCAGUAAAGUGGCGGCUGCGGAGGCGAAAAGCAGCGUCGUGAGGCGGCUGGAGUACAUAGAGCAGACCCUCCGCCAGAGGGGGCUCCCGGAAGGAGACAUUACAAUUUCCAAGGAAAUUGAAAGAAAAGCAAAUGCAUAUCAAAUGGAUGCUGAGGUCUGUGUAGUUUUUGAGGAUUUUGAAAAGCUGCAGAAUAUUUGCAACAUGCUUGUUGAAAAACUAGACAGUUCAGUUUGCAUUUCUUCACCCCAUUUCUAUCACUCUCCUGAAAACAUGGAAAAGUUAAGGCGGCAGGUGUGUCUCAAUGCAGUAAGCAAUGCACGACGCAAAGCGCAAGAUGUUUGUCGCCUUGUUGGCCAGUCACUUGGAAAGGCAGUCAUUAUCAGAGAAGAAGAAAUGAAAGAAUGGGAGGAUCAAGUGGACCCGGCCUCUUCUUCCCUUCAGCGUAAAAUAAAGAGUGCUACAAUUCAUGCAACAUCAAAAGUUUCUGCCACUUUUGAAAUUAAGGGCAAAGAACAAAAUAAAAAGAGUUGCUGAUGAUUUCACAUUACACAAUAUAAUUCAGAAAUAUAUUUAUCAUUAUUAUUUCUUUCAUUUUCCAAUUUUAUAUAAUAAAAUCUAUAUAAAUGUUAUAGGCUAUACAGGACAAAUUUUAGAAGUAUUUGGAUGCAAGGUUGUGUUAUAAAGUAUAAACUGAUUUUGCCUAAGGGUGUCUGG